AUGGAGGAUGCGAAUGACGGGUUGGUUUUUAAUUGGAAUAUUUGGGCGCCCCCAAAAGCAAACUACCUGAUUUGGAGAGCUUUGAUUGGCAAAAUCGCCUCUAAAAAGGGUUUGAUUCAUAGGGGAAUCUCUCUAGCUGAUAGCCUUUGUCCUCGGUGCGGGUUAUAUGAUGAGGAUCCUGACCAUAUAUUUGUUAAGUGUCUCUGGGCCAAAUGUAUUGGUUGGAACAUUUUAGCUUGGGUUCGGUUGAACUUCAUUGCGAGUAACAAUCUGAAUGAUCUUUUACAACUCAUAAAUCGAAGCCCAGGAGACAAAGUUUGGAAACGGGUGGUGUACACGGUAGCUAUUGCGAUGGUGUGGAGAAUUUGGAUUGCUAGAAAUGAGAAGGUGUUCGAGGAUGUUUUCAUUCCGAUUAGCAAGACAGUGGAGCAGAUUAAAGAGGAUGUUUUCCUUUGGUUAUGCAACCGAUCGAAGCUCAAACCGCCGGUGUGGGAGAAAUGGAAGGUUUUUGACAUUUUGGAUAUGAUGUAA